AUGGCAACGUCUGUACUGCCCCAAAAACGUGUGCUCGGGGAGACGUCGAACGCCCGCCGCAACAUCCCCUCGUCCCCAGGCUCCAAGAAGCGCAAGAACAACAGUGAGAAGGACCAAGCAUGGGAGCGACCGCUUCUCGACGACUUCAACCCCGACAAGACCACCAUUGUCUUUCAACAGAUCGAGGCUGAGGAGGGUACAUUGCAUGGCGGCCGUGCCACCGUCAAGCUGUUUGGCGUCACCGAGGCUGGUCACUCGGUCAUGCUGCACGUUACCGACUUCAAGCACUAUCUCUACAUCGCCGCCCCCGUCUCCUUCCAGCCUGAGGACUGCAACAACUUUAGGGCGUAUCUGGAGACGCAGGUCGCUCAGCACCAGCCCGUUAUUCAUUCCGUGGCCCUACUCAUGCGCGAAAACAUCUAUGGCUUCCAGGGCAAUGUCAAAAACCCAUAUCUCAAGAUCACAGUGAACGAUCCCAAGCACAUCGGCAAAGUGCGGUCUACUAUCGAGGCCGGCAAUGCCAACUGGAAGGGCCUCUGGAAGGGCGUUGACGGUGGCGUGAUGACGUUUGACAAUAUUCAAUAUGUCCUGCGCUUCAUGGUGGACUGCAAGCUGCAAGGCAUGUCCUGGGUCGAAGCACCGGCGAAAUCCUACAAAUUGAUGUCCAGCUCGCUACGACAGUCCAACUGCCAGAUCGAGGCCGAAAUCAGCUACCUUGACCUUGUCGCACACAAGCCGGAAGGCGAGUGGUCAAAGAUGGCGCCGCUCCGCAUCUUGUCCUUUGAUAUUGAGUGUGCCGGUCGCAAGGGCAUCUUCCCAGAGGCGAACCACGACCCCGUCAUCCAGAUCGCAAACGUUGUCACAAGAUACGGAGAGAAGAAGCCGUUCAUUCGCAAUGUGUUCUGUCUGGACACGACGAGCUCCAUCGUUGCGACACAAGUUCUCGAGUUUGAUAAGGAAGAAAAGAUGCUGAAGGAAUGGCAGAAGUUUCUACAGAGCGUCGACCCCGAUCUCAUCAUCGGAUACAACAUUGCCAACUUUGAUUUCCCGUAUCUGCUCGACCGCGCGAAACAUCUCAAGGUGGCAGGCUUCGAGUACUGGUCCCGUAUUCCCAGUAUGCCCUCGAGAGCCAAAGAAACGAGUUUCUCCAGCAAGCAGAUCGGCAACCGCGACUCGAAGAGCACCAACACCAACGGCAGGUUGCAGCUCGAUCUCCUGCAACUAGUGCAGCGUGACCAUCACCUGCGAAGUUAUACGCUCAAUUCGGUGUGCUCCCAAUUCUUGGGCGAGCAGAAGGAGGACGUCCACCAUACAAUGAUUACAGAACUCUUCAACGGUACCCCUGAAUCCCGACGUCGAUUGGCGCUGUACUGUCUGAAGGACGCCUACUUGCCGCAACGCCUCAUGGACAAGCUCUCUUGCCUCGAAAACUACACAGAAAUGGCAAGAGUCACAGGCGCUCCGUUCAACAUGCUACUCGCCCGAGGCCAGCAGGUGAGGUUCAUCAGUCAGCUUUUCCGCAAGGCGCUGGAGCAGAAGCUGGUGAUUCCCAAUAUGAAGUCCGAGGCUAGCGACGAACAGUACGAAGGUGCAACGGUCAUUGAGCCGACAAGAGGCUACUACGAUGUUCCCAUUGCAACGCUCGAUUUCGCAUCUCUGUACCCCAGUAUCAUGCAGGCGCACAACCUUUGUUAUACGACCAUUGUGGAUAAGAAAGCCAUCGAGAAACUUGGCCUCAAGAAGGACGAAGAUUACAUCGUCACUCCCGCCGGCAACACCUUUGUGACAGCUAAGCAACGAAAGGGUCUCCUCGCACAAAUUCUCGAGGAGCUGCUGGCUGCCCGAAAACAGGCCAAGCGCGAGCUCGCAGUCGCAACUGAUCCGUUCAAGAAGGCUGUGCUGAACGGAAGACAGCUGGCUUUGAAGGUUAGCGCCAACUCGGUGUAUGGUCUCACGGGUGCCACAACGGGCAAACUUCCGUGUCUGGAAAUCGCCAGUAGUACCACAAGUUUUGGUCGGCAGAUGAUUGAAAAGACAAAGGAGGAGGUGGAGGCCAAGUACACCAUCGCCAACGGGUAUUCGCACGACGCGCAGGUCAUCUACGGUGACACGGAUUCCGUCAUGGUCAAGUUUGGCACCAAGGACCUGGCGGAAGCAAUGAAGCUGGGCGAGGAAGCUGCCGGCUUCGUGUCCUCCAAGUUCGUCAAGCCGAUCAAGCUCGAGUUCGAAAAGGUCUACUUCCCGUACCUGCUCAUCAACAAGAAGCGCUAUGCUGGUCUCUACUGGACCAAGCCGGAGAAGUACGACAAGAUGGACACGAAGGGUAUCGAGACGGUUCGUCGAGACAACUGCUUGUUGGUCCAGACGGUCAUUGAAAAGGUCUUGCGCAUGAUUCUCAUCGACCAGGACGUACAAGGCGCGCAAGAAUAUGUCAAAGACAUGAUCGCCGACCUGCUACAGAACAAGGUGGACAUGUCAAAGCUUGUCAUCACCAAGGCGCUGACAAAGGACGACUACUCGGCCAAGCAGGCACACGUGGAACUCGCCCAACGAAUGAAGAAGCGCGACGCAGGUUCGGCUCCCGGACUGGGUGACCGUGUGGCGUACGUCAUGAUCAAGGGCGCAGCGGGAGCGAAGAACUAUGAGAAGUCGGAGGACCCCAUCUUCGUGCUGGAGAACAACGUGCCGAUCGAUACGAGGUACUACCUGGACAACCAGCUGGCGAAGCCACUGGGUCGCAUCUUCGAGCCGAUUCUCGGAGAGACCAAGGCCAACUCGCUCCUGACGGGCGCGCACACGCGAACGAUUGCCGUGGCGGCGCCCAUGGUCGGAGGUCUCAUGAAGUUUGCUAAGAAGACGCAGACGUGCAUGGGCUGCAAGAAACCGCUGACGAGCAAGCAAGAGGCAGAGGGCGCUGUGUGCUCAGACUGCGCGCCGCGUGUGGGAGAGCUGUACAAGAAGACGCUGGACCGUGUGUCUGACCUCGAGGUGCGCUUUGGGCGGCUCUGGACGCAGUGUCAGCGGUGCCAGGGCAGCAUCCACUGCGAGGUCAUCUGCAGCAGCAAGGACUGUCCGAUUUUCUACAUGCGAAUGAAGGCGAAGAAGGAUCUGGAGGAUGCGGGCAAGGAGCUCAAGCGUUUCGAUUUCGACCAGGCGGCCAUCUGGUAA